AUGCCUAGGGGUGCAUUAGAGAAUCGUCGUCUUACGAAUUUUGAUGCGUUGAUAAACAUUCUCAAGGAAGGAACAGUCUUAGAGAGUGAGAAUCCAUUGAAUUAUGGAUUUGCAGAGGAAAGUACUGAAGCUGCAAAUGUCCGAAUGUACAAAGCUUUAGAGGUCAAUUUGUACAAGUCUGAGGAGUGUGAUGAUGGUGAUUAUGAUAAGCUGCUUGAGAAAAGUAUCAGAAAUUCACCAAUAGCAGCACGCCUUGUUCUGGUUAAUAAAGAUUAUGAGGCUAUUAAAGGAAAAUCAGUCUAUCUUCCAGAUGCAUUAGCACCUGAGGAUGCAGGACAUCUAUUGUUGCUUACAGGGUUUGGAGUUGAUGCAAAUGGCAUAGAGUUUUGGGAGGCGCAGGAUUCCUAUGGACGGAAGCAUGGAGAUGGUGGGUUUAUAAGGAUAGCUAGAAAACAAAACUUGAUCUCGGAUUUCUUUGUGAUGGAAAUUGAAACAGAACCAGAAACUUGA